AUGCAGGCGUUCUUUGAUGGCCACUCUCCCUUCCAGUAUCUGCUUGUGUUGCCUCACGUUGCCUUGCGCUGCCGGGGUGUGCUGAGGCCUCUCAUACGGCGCGUACAUGUGCCUUCUGCUGCUGUUGGGGGAGCGGGGGCGGAGGAGGGAGGCGGGGCGGCGGCGAAGGUGGAGGGGGGGAACACGCUGGGGCGGCUGGAGAUACUCUGGUGCUCCACCCUGGGGGACCCAUCAGAUACUGGGGAAUCCCAUAGCGCGCAAGGAGGACUGAAGCUCGUCAGCCUGCCCACCAGAAGGCAGCGACCCUUCCUCGUGCGCCCCUUGCCCCCCACACUCCCUCCUGAAUCUCCCUGCACCCCACUGCCCCUCACCUCGCACUCAUACUCCACCUCUUCCGGUCGUUCCCUUCUUCACAUCACAUGCCCUUCCUCCUCCUUUUCCUCCUUUUAUGGGUGCCAUCCUGCCUUUCUUGUGCCACCCCCUGCCUGCCACCACCUCUCUCCCACCCCCUCCCCGCCCCCCAAAUUAUGCAAGUUAUCCGUUGUGCACUGUCGAGUGCACAACAACAGUUCCUCCCCUCCUGGGCCCAGAGGGCGGUCAAUGCUGGGCCCCCUGGGCAGUGAGUCGACUCAAAAAUCUGUUGGGCCCCCUGAGCUCAGAGGGCGCAUGGCCAUUGUCAUCAACGAGUCCCUCACCGGCCCUUCCUCACUCCCUCCGUUCUUACUGUCCAACAUCCCUCCCUUUUUCCUUUCCUCCCCUUCUUUUAUUCCUCCAGUUCUCCCCUCCUCCCUUCUUCCCGUCCUCCCUUCUCCCCAUCCUCCUUUCUUCCCGCCCUCCCUUCUUCCCUUGCUCACUUGCUCCCGUUUCCUCCCCCCCUCCUCCCCCCCCUCACCACCCCAGGUGCACUGUCGCGUGCACAACAACAGCGACCGCCCUCUGGGCCCGCUGCGAAUAGUCAUCGCGCGGGACGAGCCCGUCACUACCACCACCCCCAGAGCCAUCGUUGUCAGCGGCCCCUGGACCAUGCUUCCGGCCCCUCAUCAUCCCCUUCCUCCCCCACCGCCUUUCCUUGUUCCCCGUCUCAUGCAUGCUCGCAUCUCCAUGCCUCCCGAUCUCACACUCAUGCUCUCAUGUGCCACGGUUCUCCUAAAACCCCCUCCAUGCCAGUCCAUGGUGGCGCUAGCGAGUGGAGUGCACAAGAUAUCGGGGGUGGGGGUUGUGGAUGCACGAAACUCCAAGCCGUACGAUGCACUCACUCCCACCAAGGUGCUUGACCACUCUAAUUUCCAUGUACCUUGGCAUGGAAUCAUGCCACAUGCCUCCCACCACAUGCCUCUCAUAUGCCUCUCAUAA